CCCGGGGAGCGGCAGAGGGGACCGCGCCGGGGCCUGGAGCCCGCGGGCAGGGAGGCUGCUGCGCGCGGCCCGGCCGGCAGGGGGCGUGGGACCCGGAAACCCCAGGCUUGUCUUCGCCUGCAGACGGAAGCUGCCGCAGGCCCGGCCCUGCAGACCUGGCCUCGCCCCGAGCCUCCGGGGCCUCUCCCCGCCGCUCACAGGCCCUCCUGGCUUCACGCUCAGGGUCCUCGGGGGAGGGCAGCCUCUUCCUGGAGCCCCACCCAGACGUCCUCCAGGAGGAGGCAUCCUCCUCGGACCCUAGCACCCCAUCUCCGGCUCCCGGAGGGGACUGGUCUGGCAGCGGAACACCCCCUCGCGCUCAGAGUCUUGUGGAGGCCGAGCUCCAUCCAGGUCCGGCUCCGGGCCCUCCGGCCGCAGCAGCGACCCGCCCGCACCGAGCGAGAUUGAAAGUCUGGGAGCCAUCUCAUUUUUGGGGAUUCGCAACGAUGAAAACAUUUUGUAACUGCCUCUCAGAUGAUACACAUCGUACUGCGUUCUAGUAAACUAGUUAAACAAGUGAUGACCUUACAAAUCAGCUAUUCAGAUAAUAUAGCAUGGGAAACAUCUUUGCAAACCUCUUCAAGGGCCUUUUUGGCAAUAAAGAAAUGGUCCUUCUCAUGGUGGGACUGGACGCUGCUGGGAAGACCACUCUCCUAUACAAACUGAAGCUGGGCAAGGUCCUGACCACCACUCCCACGAUAGGUUUCAACCUGGAGACUGUGGAGUAUAAGAACAUCAACUUCGUCGUGUGGGACUUACACAGCCAGGACAAGAGCCGGUUUAUGUGGAACUACUACUGCCCAGGCAAACAUGGUCUCAUCUUUGUGGUUGACAGCACUGACCAAGAACGCAUGGAUGAGGCCAGACAGGAGAUGAUGCGGAUGAUGACUGAGAUGAAAGAUGUUGUCCUGCUCGUGCUUGCAAACAAGCAGGACCUCCCCAAUGCCAUGGACGCAGCUGAGAUCACAGACAAGCUGGGCCUGCACUCUCUGCAUGACAGGACCUGGUACCUUCAAGCCACCUCUGCCAUCACUGGGGCUGGGCUCUAUGAGGGACUGGACUGGCUGGCCAAUCAAUUCCAGAACCGGAGCUGAGCCGCACUCCUCUCUGCCACCUGCUCCCUCCUUCACCCUUGCCUUCAUGUCCACGUGGCAGAUGUACCUCUGUGGUGUGAGUGCCAGAAGCUGUCCCCAUGGUUGGUCUCGGUGUGCUUCAUCGUGCUGUGCAUGUGCAGGUGCAGCCUGCAACCUGGUUUUUAUUUAAAUGACUCUUGUUUCCAAUGAGGCAGUUUCUGGUACUCACAUGUGUUAUGCAACAGAGGCAGCCAAUCAGCCGAUCCAUGUUUUUCUUUCUCUCUCCAAAAAUCAAUAAAAACACAUAUUUAUAAAUUGGA